CAAAUACUGUCCAAUCACAGCCAAAAACACACGUGGCGGAGGAUUCAGAGCGCACCACCACGAAACCACCACCUCCCUUCCUUGGUUCGGACUCCAUCGAUAGGACUACGAUCGGUCUGGUCUUCUCCGACAGCGACCCCUCACCCGCCCAUCGAUCUCCGCCCAAACCCUCCUUCGUUUUCACUUCAUCUCUUGACCAGCUGCAGACCCAGAUCGAGAGCCCGCCUCGUUUGAUCGAUUCUUGAAAAAUUUCUGCAAUUCUUGGGCGGAGCAGAGGGUCUGGAGCUCUCUCCGGAGGGAAAGCUUCGAUCUUGCGACAUGGGUUCCGACAAGCAACCCACGAAUCUCGACCAGGAGGAAGACCCGCCGAACCCAUCAACCGCUCUCCUCUCGUUCGACACCGACUCGGCCGACGAGUCGACGAAACCGAAGGCCUCGGCGGCUCAGAGGCCUGCGGCCACCGUCGUCCUCGUCUCUCUCAUCCUCGUCACUUGCGUCGCGGUCUCCGCCGCCGGCGCCUUCGCGUUCCUGUUCUUCUCUAGACCUUCGCCUUCCGCUCCUGCCGCGUCCUCUGCGGCGCCGGCGGCAGCGGCGCCUGCGGCGUCGAAGGCGUCGAGUUCCGAUUCCGAUUCGAUCGAAACCACGGCUCGCCCUCUCAAGAAGCUGCAGAAGCCGGUGGUUCUUCUGAUCUCGUCCGAUGGGUUCCGGUUCGGGUACCAAUUCAAGACCGCGACCCCGAACAUCGGCCGGCUGAUCGCGAACGGGACCGAGGCCGAAGCGGGCCUGAUUCCGGUAUUCCCUACUCUAACUUUCCCUAAUCAUUACUCCAUUGUCACUGGCUUGUACCCUGCUUUUCAUGGCAUCAUCAAUAACCACUUUGUGGAUCCUCAUAAUGGGGACACCUUCAACAUGGGUAGUCAUGACCCCAAGUGGUGGCUCGGCGAGCCGCUGUGGGAGACCGUGGUGAAUCAUGGGUUGAAGGCCGCCACUUACUUUUGGCCAGGGUCCGAGGUUAAUAAGGGAUCCUGGACUUGCCCUGAGGGUUACUGCCGGUUUUACAAUGGCUCGGUGCCGUUCGAGGAGCGGGUCGAUACAGUUUUGAAGUAUUUCGACAUGCCUAGUAGCGAGAUGCCUGUGUUCAUGACCCUGUAUUUCGAGGAUCCUGAUCAUCAGGGUCAUCAGGUUGGGCCUGACGAUCCUCAGAUCACCGAGGCGGUUGCUAAUAUUGAUAGGAUGAUUGGGAGGUUGAUCGAGGGUCUAGAGAAGAGAGGGGUUUUCGAGGAUGUUAAUAUAAUCAUGGUUGGUGAUCAUGGGAUGGUUGGGACUUGUGAUAAAAAGCUGAUCUUCUUGGAUGAUUUGAAAUCUUGGAUUGAUAUCCCGGCAAAUUGGGUGCAAUCUCACUCUCCGUUGCUGGCGAUCCGUCCGCCUUCGGGUGUGUCACCAGCAGAUGUCGUUCAGAAGAUGAACGAGGGAUUGAGAUCGGGCAAAGUUAUGAAUGGACAGUAUUUGAAGGUGUAUCUCAAGGAAGACUUGCCAAGUAGGCUUCAUUAUGUGGCGAGUGAUCGGAUUCCGCCCAUAAUAGGGUUGAUCGAUGAGGGAUUCAAGGUGGAACAGAAGAGAACAAAGCACCAGGAAUGUGGAGGAGCGCACGGCUAUGACAAUGAUAUCUUCUCCAUGAGGACAAUCUUCAUUGGUCAUGGUCCUGAGUUCGCUAGGGGGCAAAAAGUCCCAUCUUUUGAAAACGUUCAGAUAUACAACGUGGUCACUUCAAUUUUGAAGAUACAGGGUGCUGCAAAUAAUGGAACUGCUUCUUUUGCGAGCUCUAUUCUUUUGCCUAGCCCGUGAUGCUUGUCUCUACAGCAGCUUCUGAUCAGCCUCACCUCACCGGUUCUAGGACAUCAGCGAAGCAAAGCGAGCAUUGUAAUAUAAUGCGGAAGACAUGUAUCUAGGGGUUUGCCUAGGUAACGGGCAUGUAUCUAGAAAUCGGGCGGUUCACUAGGAAGGUGAGGUUCUAGAAUGCUUUGGAUCACUCAUCGGUUAGUAAUGUGGCAUAUAAGUUUAGUAGUGGAAUGCUUUUAAUUUGCCUAAGUCAGUUCCAUUCAUUAUGAGCUCAAUUUGUAAGAACGUAAAUGAUUUAUGUGACACCGAUGAUACAUGUUGCCGAAGCAGCAUCUGGUGGCAGCGAUUGACGAUCCUUGUGUUCAGGUUGUAAUUUGUUUUAAGUACUCCGUCCUGGAAGGUAGAUUUUUGAGAUAAUAAAUUUCGACAUUUCAUGCGUAUACACGCCAAAA